GGAGGUUGCAUCCUAACCCAUCAUCAUUCGCACCAUUCCCAGCCUUCCCGGGAACGCACACUACGCUGGAAUCUCUUGCCAUGGAUGAUAACGACAUGGAAUUUCCAAAUUGCAGCUAAUCGGACUUUGACACAGAGAAAAAAUAAAAGCAAGGCAGCAAGAGCGAGCCCCGAAAAGGGACAUGACGGGACGGCGCACCAGCCGGGACGGACUCGGUGUCGUAGGCUCGUGAAGAAGAAUAAUAAGAAGAAGAGCAAGGAGGAGGAAGAGGGAGUUGAUUUUUUUUUUUUUUUUUAGGAGGGAAGAGUUGGGGCUUUUCAAGCGUGGUGGAACAAUGCGCUGCUUCAUCCUGCUGCUCCUCAACGGAACCGCUUGUUUGGUGGCCCUCAGUCAGGAGGACGACUCCUCGAGCCCCAAGAGAUCCUCUGGAGACUCCCCCAAGACGUUGGGCCUCCUGAGCGGCCAGGCAACCCUCUCACCGUUAAGCCGCUGGAUGCUUCACGGCAGAGGCCGGGCCGCCAAUGCCACCUCGCUGGAGUUGCCCUACCGCACACCGGCCGCCUUCUCCAAGCAGGAGUUUUCCAAGCAGGAGUUUUGGGAGAUGCUGGGUAGCGACCCGCUCAAACCCGAUGCCCUGGGCUCCCGGGUCAAGCGGCGGCCCAUCGUCAAGACGGGCAAGUUCAAAAAGAUGUUUGGCUGGGGGGAUUUCUACUCCAACAUCAAGACGGUACGGCUGAAUCUGCUCAUCACCGGCAAGAUUGUGGACCACGGCAACGGCACGUUUAGCGUGUACUUCCGCCACAACUCCACGGGUCAGGGCAACAUCUCGGUGAGCUUGGUACCGCCCGUCAAGGCGGUGGAGUUCGACCUGGAGCGCCAGAGCGUGGUCUACCCCAAGGACUCGAAGAUCUUCAACUGCCGCGUGGACUACGAGAAGGUGGACCGCAGCAAGCGCACCUCGCUGUGCAACUACGACCCAUCCAAGACCUGCUUCCAGGAGCAGAUCCAGAGCCACGUGUCCUGGAUUUGCUCGAAGCCUUUUAAAGUCAUCUGCAUCUACAUUUCGUUUUACAGCACGGACUAUCGCCUGGUUCAAAAGGUUUGCCCGGACUACAACUACCACAACGAGAUGCCCUACUUGCCAUCGGGCUAAGGGACUUGUCUGGGUGGGGAGGGCAAGCAGAGCGGAGCUGGAGCGUUUUUUUUUCUGAUGCCACUGUGUAGCCUGACUGGAGUAAAAGAUAUAUGCAAAAGUCAACCAAUAUACAUAUGCACAAAGUGGCGGUUGGGACAAGGCAUUCACAAAACGGUAGAGAAUGUCAGCGUCAACACACAAGUUCUUACCUCAACCCUAGUCAAUCAUUAUUAAGUCCUGUCACUGUCCUUCAAAAGCAGUGCACCGUCCACUGCAUGAAGAGUCUGGCUUUUAUCACAAGCCUCUUUCACACAGAGUUCCUGCAAAAUUGGCAUAGCAGAGUAGAGCCGGGAUUUAUCAGCCUGUGCCUUUUCCCACACAACCGGGACAUUGGAUGCUCGAAGAAGUCUGCAGUCUUAGUCUAAACUGACACUCCUGGUCCAGGGGCUUUUUCCUAUCACACAGCCGCCCUCCUGCCUCUGACAUUAACUCAGCAGCCCCCCCACCCCCCAUUGUCAUUUAUGUAUCUUUCACGCAGAAUAUCGACGAGCUAGGGUCAAAAAGACAAAAAGUCAGAAUGGUCAUAAAAUGAUUUGAGCAUUUACUUUCCUCCAGUUGAAUGUAAAAAGCAAAUAGGCCGGUUCAGGUAGCACUUUCCAGAGUAAACCGCCAUGUUCUGGUCAUUCCUGGUGUUAAGCGUGUGGUAAUGUCUUUAACAAUGACUCACCAUCGCAUCCCCACUCAGAAGAAUGCAGCGAUGCCUUACAAUUAAAAGACGACAUAAAAACCCCAUGAUUGCAACAAGUAACUUACUGUAUGUGAACCCACUGUCCCUAUAAAUUACUGACUUUUUUGUACUCCUAGGUCUGUAAGGAAAGUAGUAACGCAGAAUCGAUACUGGGGUUCCUUGGUUUACGUCAGGGUUCCCUUUCUUACGGAGACAAAUGUAACCUGAAUUUCUAUGCAAGUUGGAACACGCCGUAGUCAUUAUUAUCAUACAGUCAUUAUUACAGUACAGUUCUUGGCCAUAAACAUAAAAUAAUUGCAACUUUGAAAUGUCAUAUGUUGGCACCAUAGUAAACUGAAAAGUGCUCUGUCGACCAAACAACAGACAACAGUGGGUCUAGCUCAGGGGAGGGCAGAGUAUGGCCUAGGGGCCACAUUCUGCCUGCUUUGUUCCAGCCCACCAAACAUUGACAUUAUCAAGAAUCCUGUAAUAUUUGUUUCAUUAUGUAGCUUUUUAAAAAAUCAUUUAUCACAUUCAACUAUUUAUUUAUUUGAAAUAAUAAAGCAAAAUAUAGUAAAAUAAAAAUACACAUGCAUUUACAUUUUUUUAUUGAUUUGAUGAACUGAUGAGUUAAUUAAUUCUAAUUUCAAUAAUUAUUAAUGCAAUUUUUAAUAAUAUUAUUUUAUUAAAAUAAACAUAUUUUACAUCCACAUUUUAAGUUUUAUUUAUUUAUUUUUAACCUCAUCUACAAAUGACUUGGCCCACCUCUCCAUUUUAAAAAUCAAAUGUGCUCCUGUUUUGCACCCUCACAAAGGGUCGGCUAUUUUGAGACCCUUUAUAAUGUGCACCAUAGCAAACCAAAUCAGACUAUUUGGUGUAAAUGUGGCUAUAGACACAGGCAGCACAGCACAACCAGCUCUUUUAAUUAAAGUAGGACGUAACAGAGAAUGCAGCUCCAUCUUUUGUCCCUCUGUGUGUGCGGAAAAAAAGAUAACAUUUUGUUGCCGUCAGGAUUCCUGAUUUCACGCCUUGAUAACUUUGACUGUUACCAGCAAGAUUGCUCUGUCCCGACAAACACGGUCGCUCGCAACACUCACCAGUUAUCGGGCAGAAAAUACAAAUAUUAUCUUAAUAAUUGCGUAUAAUCUCCUUUAGAACUAAUUAAGAUUUCACCAAGGGGCUCGGAUGCAUUCCUCGAUGGAUGGCAGGAUGUUAACGGCGAGGAUGUUUUAGGUCCAAGUUCAGCUGUGACUUAAAGACUCUCAUUAAGAUAAAUGGCCAUCAGCUGGCGUGUGUCAAAAACUAUAGCAGAGGGCAACGUAAAAUGGAGUAAUGAACAAGCAUGGACCUUCCACUGCAAUGGACAACAUACCAUCUGCUAACCAUUUGGGUUUUAAUUUGAACAUAAAAGAAUCUUUGAUGUAGAAGUCUAAGUGGCUCCAACCAAUGACCUUGACCAAAGGACUAAUAUUAAAGAAUAUAUAAAUAAUUUAUAUUUAACCCAGUUACCUGAAAAUUGCACCGACUAGAUAAGAUAUUGCUUGCGUUGUUCAUUAGCUUGACAUUGAUGACAAUUACACAUUGGUUUGCUUUGUGGUUUGGAGGCAAAAUCAGCAGGGGAAAACAAGACAUCAGGGCAAAGUAUGCUGCAUUGGCCAAGGAAGAACCUAAUAAAUUACGGUAUGUAUCUGCUGACUAGAGAUUACCCCUCCCCAAGAAAAAUAUAUAAAAUGAAUAAAUUUAAAAAAGAUUGUACUUUGCAGAGGCUCUCUCCCUUAAAAUCCAUUGUUGGCUUUGCAAUGUGUGAUGAACAAUCUGUAUACCCUGGCAGAAAAAAAAGGUGGUUUCACUGGAAUGAACUCUUAAUUCAUGAAGACUGUGAUAUAAAAUAGGCAUUGAAGGAAUGUUAACAGGGGGUUAGGGAGGGUCAGAAGUUGGACUUAGGGUUAGGGACAAUUGAGACUUGGGAUAGGGCUGAGUCAGAGAAUUAGUGCCUCAUGUGCCACCAAAUGAAGGCCCAUGUGUAGCCCCCUUGCGGAACAUGACACCUCUGCCGAGCUAAAGAUAGUCCCAUCAGGUGUCGGGGAAAAGCCAAAGCCUCGGGGAGAGGUGGACUUGCGCAUUCAUACUUUAGCUUCCACCCCCCCCCCCCCCCCCCCAAGACGUCGACAUGUUCCUCAGCCGUAUUCCCCUUAACCCACCUGUGACCCCCCGCGAGCUGGCCUCACCACUAUACGGCCCACCCUCCCUUCAUUACUGCAGCCGAGCCAUAAUCUCCCAGUGAGCUUAGCUGUAAGAGCUCAUCGUUUUCCGCCUUUUCUGCUAUCUACCCCAUCAUGAAAGUGCUCCCAUCUUGUCCCGUGUUCAAAGUAUCUUCAGUAAGACUGGAUUGCGAGGAUGUGGUACGCACGCUCCUGCAAACUCAUAAUACCAAACCCCACAGAGAAGGUGGCAUCCCUCCCGCACACACUGCAGAAUUGCCUGGUAGUAGCCCAAGUUUUAGUCAGGCCCCGUAGCUACCUGCUCAGUUUAGCAGCAAUAGCCACCCUCCAGAACUCCGAUGGUGGGACUAAGAGACACCAGGUGGGACCCCACGCUUGGCGGAUCUACUUGGCCUUAGAGACUGCGACACCUCAGCAAAGGACAGCGACAGAAAAUCUGUAAACACACAUAUAUUAAUAUAAAUAAAUA